UGUUGACUGCUACCUCACUUACACCCCAGAACUGCGGAAAAUGAAAUAAAACAGUCCCUUUAACGGAACAGAUCUAAACAUGUGCUAUCGAUGGAACCAUCUUGCUGAAUUACAGCUUAAGAUUUCUGUAGAUAACCAACAAAACGAUAUAAAGUGCCAUUGCACACGAGCAUUUAUAGGGGAUAGUCAACUAUACAAGAAAGGCCUAUAUGAAGAGGAAGAUACUGGCUCUGAGGAAGAGGUUGCCAGCUCUGGACUUGAUCUUGGUGAUGCUGAUAAUGAGGAUAAAACUGAAAUUGCAGAUGAUGUAGACAAUAAUGUUGAAGAUGUAGAAAAAGCUGCAGGUGAUGCAGAGGAUAUAGAUGAAGCUGCCCUAGAUCUGACUGAGGAACAAUUGGCCGAGAUCCAAAUGAUGAAGCAGAUGGGGCUGCCUGUUGAGUUCAGUUUUGCAAAGACUGGAAAGCAGACGAGGGUCAAGCACAGCAAAAACAGAGGGCACAAGAAACAGAAACAGAGAAAGAAGAAGAAUGGACAUAACAACAGCAAUACCAAUACACUACCACCAACCAGCUCUAAAGUUAAUAGUGAGAUUGAUGACAGCACAGUUGAAGAUACAAUAAUGAGUAGUAGAAUGAAGGCAGCAGGUUCUGAUAACAUUGACCUUGCAAACCCUAGGCUGGUUGGUUAUGAUGUGGAGACAGUGUGGCAGGACUACUGGGGGAAGUAUGGGGAAUAUCUUGUCUGGGAGGGCUGGGUUGCUAAAUACCCCGAUCAGAUUGAUUACGGGUCAACAGGUGUACCAGCUAUCGCUGAGGUUGAAGCAAGCACAGGAGAGGGAGAGUUGGGUCAAGGGGACAUUGGGGGAGAAUUGGGACAAGAACUUGUAAAUGACAGGAUGCCAGCUGUGAAUGAGAUUGAGGCAAGUACAGGGGUAGAUGCUGGAAGGACUAGGGGCGACAUAGUGGGGACAUGUUCUGGAGAAUUGAGACAAAAUGAUGCAGGGUUGGUGGGAGUUGAUUGUGGUCAGUGUGUGGUUGGUAAAUGUAUCUGUCCUUGUGGUAUUUUGCCUGGGGUAGAAACUGUCAAAGAUAUGAAGGAAACAACAAAAGUGGAAAACGAAAACAUUAAUGGAACCCAUUCAGAUUCUUCAACAGGGAAAAUAACAAGUGAGUGUGGUCUGUACACUGAUGCAACAAAACCAAGUUUAAAGGGUGAUAAUAUUAUCUCUACGUUACAAAAACUAACUGAACAAGCAGAGCAAGUUGAUCAAGGUGUAGGUGAACUUACAGCAGAUUCCAUUGCAGACAAUGUUGUAAAUAAACAAAGUGAAACAUUUACCUUAAUGCAUUCAUAUUCAAGUCAUUCUAAGCCAAAUUACUCUGCUAAAGAUGAAGAAUGCCAGUUAGAUGACAUUGUUCAAAAUGGAAAAGAAAAUGAAAAAGAAAUAGCAGAGGAAGAUUAUAGUAAUGCAUGGACAGAUUUGUGGAAUGAACAUCACACUGAGUCUUAUUGGUUCUAUUACAAUCAGUUUGUCAAAAAGUUUGAAAACAUUUCCAAAAAAUCUAUAGGUGAUGCUACAGAAGCAGAGGGCAUUGCUGUUGUAAAUGAAAAUGGAGAACUUGUGGUAGUGAAUGAUGCUGAUUUAGAUGACGGCAUUAAAAUUGAACCACAAUCGAUCGAUAAUCCAAGUGAAGAGACAGGCCAAGAAAAUGUGGUAUAUGUAAUAGAAGACCCAGAAAACCUAGCAGAUAUUGAGAACAUGACACAAGAUGAACUUGUUAAACUCACAGAUGAAAUAGCUUCAUGUCUAAAAGGUGUGAGAAUCGAUGAAAGUGUGGGUGAAAAUGAUGAGGUUGUAGAACACUCUUCCGUUACUGGAGUCCAAAUGAAGAUUAAAUCCAAUGACGUUGACCAUGAGGGAAGCCUAGAAGAUGCUGUUGGAAAUGAGUCUGGUAUAGGGGAGCCAGAAGACGGGAACCGGAAGAGAAAACAGGCGAAACAACGACAGCAACAACAGAAUUCACAGACCCCAGCUAAUGGCAUAGCCAAAACACCAGGUGCAUCUGGAGGGAAUGGGGCAGCUGGGUCCAUGGGAGGGGACGAUGAUCCUCCGGAAGACAGGCCUUCCAAUCUGACAAGCAGCCAUGAGGUUGAUGAACUGGAACUUAAGGAGAAAGAUGUGAAAGACAUGAACACUGCACUGCACAUUCUUGGCUUUGCCCAGACUCAGUGUUCAGACGAGAAAAAGAUGAAGAUUGAAAGUGGAAUAGUGAAGUUUAAAACAAGGAACAUAAAAUCAAAGUCCAAGUCCCUAAAUAUGGGUAAAAAACCAGUCCAUGUCCGAUAUGACUCGGACGGAAAUGAAUUGACAGCAAAGCCUAGCAAGACACUUAACAAAGUCAGAAGUUUUUUGGUGGCUGCUAUGGAAAGCACAAGUGAUACUGAGAUAAAUGAGGCUGAUGCUGACAUGGAAGUCAUGGAAAUUUUUGGAAAGAAAUUUGCGAAGAAAGAUGGAGAAAAAACUACUUUAGAGGAGGCACCAGGUACCGAGACCACAAAGCUUACCAGAACUGAUUCAAAGUCAGAAGUCCAUCGCUGGAAAGAUUCUAGCUUGACGCCUAAAAGUUCCGUAAGUGUUGCCAGUUCUACUGAGUUUAAAAUUCCAACUGAUAAAAGAGCUGAUGGUGAUGACAAUGAUUUUGGUGAAUCAGAAGUUGCUGAAAAAUAUGAGUUCAGUACAAUUAAUAGGGAUGAGGCGAAUAAAAAAUCGGCAAAAACUGCUAAAGAUUGUGAUACUGAUACAGAUGAUGAAGACAAGGGAAACGAGGAAUUAGAUGAGGAAAAUGGCAUUGGAGAGAUGGUGGAUGAAACAAUACAAACUGAGGGAGGUGAGCAGGUGUACCCAUUGCCACUGGAGACCAUAACAGAGGGUGGCACCACCCUUGGGCAUGGGAGAGGAGUCAGGCAAGGGGGACGUGCCAGAGAGGGGGAGGAAGACAGAGAAGCUGUGGAGUAUGACCUUGACAUGUGGAUUGAGGAAGGAGAGGCAGAGCCAGGAAGUUAUAAGACCAAGGCAUCAAAAAGGAAAGGCAAGAAGAAGCGUAAAGGUGGCGUGCGUAUGCCACCAGAGAUCGCAGGGGACCCAGAACUGCGCAAGUACUGGGGACAACGGUACCGCCUCUUCUCAAGAUUUGAUGAGGGAAUUCGCUUGGACAGAGAGGGCUGGUUUUCGGUGACCCCUGAGAAGAUUGCAGAACACAUAGCGGACCGGUGUCGCUGUGAUGUGAUCUUGGAUGCUUUCUGUGGGGCGGGAGGCAACUCCAUACAGUUUGCCUUCACUUGUGAGAGAGUGAUUGCUGUGGACAUAGACCCGGUGAAGGUAGAGCUGGCUAGGCACAAUGCUGCAGUGUAUGGGGUGGAGGACAGGAUUGAGUUCAUUGUUGGAGACUUCCUAGAGGUUGGCCCCACAUUGAAGGCAGAUGUGGUGUUCCUAAGUCCCCCUUGGGGUGGGCCCCGCUACCUGAGCGCCGAUGUGUUUGACCUUGAAACCAUGAUGGCUAUCAACACGUUUGAGAUUGUGAAGGUAUCUCGACAGAUCUCGGACAACAUAGCCCUCUUUGUUCCUAGAAACACAGACAUAAACCAGCUGACAAGUCUGGCAGGACCUGGUGGUAAAAUGGAGAUGGAGCAAAACUUCCUAAACCGUAAGCUUAAAACAAUUACUGCUUACUACGGGGAACUCGUGCUGGAUGGAGAAGAAACUGAGGCAACACAUGGGGAAAUUGAGGACAGUGAGGCUCCACAUGGGGAAAUUGAGGACAGUGUGGUUCCACAUGGGGAAAAUGAGGACAGUGAGGUUCAACAUGGGGAGAAAAAGAACAUUGGAGAUCUCCAUGGGAAAAUAGUGGAGAAGAUUAAGGGUGCUCAUGGGGAAGUAGAGGCACGUGAAAAGGCUAUUAGGGUGGAAAUGCAAAAAGACGAGGGAUCACAUGGGAAACUUAAGGAGGACAGUUGAAUUUUUCAUGGAGAAAAAGAGACAAGAUAGGUGCAAAGUUUGUUGGUGGUGGAAACCACAUGAAGACAUUAGGCUAUUCAUGGGAAAAGAGAGAAGAGUGAGGUGCAAACAAAUUGGGUUGGACUGUUUUCAUGUUAAUCGUUUUUUUCAUAAAUGACACUUGUUUACCGGAAUGUUUCAAUUUGCUCACAAAAUUUUAGUUGUUUUAUUUAAGAAUGUUUUAUGAUCACCAAAAUUUGUUUUGAAGUGCUUAUCAUAAUUGUUUUGUUGAUUGUUUCAUUUUUACCAUUAUAUAGAGACUUGAAUCUUGAUCAAGUAUUGUACAAGUCUGUUGUCUGGAGUAUUUGAUUUUUAAUCUGUAUAAUUUAUGUAAGUUAUAUUUCUAAUUUAUCUUGCAAAACAUUUUGUAGGGCUUUUGUUGGAGAUUGACCAUAAUAUGAUUGUAAAUCAAUGUAUUAUUUUUGAUUAGAUAAUAUCUUUGCCAUGUUUAUUGAUGGUCUUUAAAGCUGCACUCCAACAGAUUUUUGUUUUGACAACUUUUUAUCUUUUUUUUAUGCCCCCCUUCGAAGAAGAGGGGUAUAUUGCUUUGCUCAGGCAUGUCGGUCGGUCGGUCCGUCCGUCGGUAGACCAAAGCUUGUCCGAGUGAUAACUCAACAAUUCCUGGACAUAUGGUCAUCAAACUUGACAUGAAGGUUGGGCCUGACCAGUAGAUGACCCCUAUUGAUUUUAGGGCUCAUCGGUCAAAGGUCAAGGUCACAGUGACCUUUAAUGGUAAAAUAAUUUUAAAGCUUGUCCGAGUGAUAACUCAACAAUGCCUAGACCUAUGGUCAUCAAACUUGAUAUGGAAGUUGGGCCUGACCAUUAGAUGACCCCUAUUAUUUUUGGGGGUCAUCGGGCCAAAGGUCAAGGUCACAGUGACCUUGAAUGGUAAAAAGAAGUCCGAGUGAUAACUCGACAAUGCCUGCACCCUUGGCCCUCAUUCUUGACUUGGAAGUUGGGUCUGACCAGUAGCUGAUCCCUAUUGUUUUUGGGGCUCAUCGGGUCAAAGAUCAAGGUCAUAGUGAUAUUGAAUGGUAAAAGGUUGUCCGAGUGAAUACAACAAUGCCUGCACCCAUGGCCCUCAUAAUUGACUUGGAGGUUGGGCCUGACCAGUAGAUGAACCCUAUAGUUUUUGGGGGUCAUAGGGCCAAAGGUCAAGGUCACAGUGACCUUGAAUGGUAAAAGGUUGUCCAUGUGAUAACUCGACAAUGCCUACACCCAUGGCCCUCAAACUUGACUUGGAGGUUGGGCCUGACCAGUAGAUGACCCCUAUUGUUUUUGGGGGUCAUCAGGCCAAAGGUCAAGGUCACAGUGACCUUGAAUGGUAAAAGGUUUUCAGUGUCAUUACUCGACAAUGCCUGCACCUAUGGCCCUCAAACUUGACUUGGAUGUUGGGCCUGACCAGUAGAUGACCCCUAUUGUUUUUGAGGGUCAUUGGGCCAAAGGUCAAGGUCACAGUGACCUUGAAUGGUAAAAGGUCUGAGUGAUAACUCCACAAUGCCUGCACCCACGGCCAUCAAACUUGAAUUGGAGGUUUGGCCUGACCAGUAGAUGGCCCCUAUUGAUUUUAGGGGUCAUUGGGCCAAAGGUCAAGGUAACAGUGACUUUGAACGAUAAAAGGUUGCCCGAGUGAUAACUCAACAAUCCUGCGCCCAUGGCCCUCAAACUUGACUUGGAGGUUGGGCCAGACUAGAAGAUGACCCCUAUUGAUUUAAGGGGUCAGAGGUCAAGGUCACAGUGACCUUGAAAGCAAACUCGACAAUUCCUGGACCUAUGGUCAUCAAACUUGACAUGAAGGUUGGGCCUGACCAGUAGAUGACCCCUCUUGACUUUGGGGGUCAUCAGGCCAAGGUCAAGGUCACAGUAACCUUUAACGCAAAAAAAGUUAACAAAUCUUCUCCCAGUGAUAUCUCAACAAUGCCUGAAUCUAUGAUCAUCAAACUUGACAUGUAAGUUGGGCCUGACCAGGAGAUGACCCUUAUUGAUUUUAGGAGUCAUUGGGUCAAAGGUUAGGUUCACAGUGACCUUGAAUGCGAAAAUGUUUCAAGUGAUAAUUGGACAAUGCCUGCACCCAUGGCCCUCAAACUUGACUUGGAGUUGUGUCUGACCUGUAGAUGACCCCUUAUGAUUUAAGGGGUCAUUGGAUCAAAGGUCAAGGUUACAGUGACCUUGAACGAAAAAUGCUUGUCUGUGUGAUAACUUGUCAAUGCCUGCACCCAUGGCCCUCAAACUUAACAUUUAGAUUUUUGGUGACCAGCUGAUGACUAUGAUGGAUUUUGAGUUCAUAGAGUCAAAGGUCAUGGUCAUAACACACUCUAUCCUCAAACUUUGAAUGGUCAUAAUCUUAAAACUGCCUCAACGGCAUACAAUGUUAGCGACAAAUCAGCUGUCAUUUCGGUCCAUGCAUAUUUCAUUCAAUUGUCCAUAUAAUCCUGACAACAUGGCGCUCAGGGGGGGGGCAUAAUGUUUGACAAACAUCUCUUGUUUUGUCUUGAAAUGAGCCAAUUUUUGUGUAAAUAUCUGAAAACAAGUGAUAUAAGACUGCUGACAGAAGAUCAGAUCUCAGGUUUUGCAUAUUUAUGUUUGAAAAUUAAUGAUUUAUGGCUAAGGGCCUUACUAGCACUUUUAGAAAAUGCAUAAAACAUUUUUUUAAAUUAAUAUGAAAACCUGUGAUCUUAUUUUUUGUCAGCAAUCUUAUAUCACUGGUUUCCAAGCGUUUGCUUAAAAAAAUUAACAUUCAGUCUGUUAGAGUGCACCUUUUAACUUUUGACAACCAUAUGGAGUAAAAUAUUGUGUAUCUACACUCAUUAAAUGAGGCAUGUUGGUCAGCAUGGGCUGUGGUGCACGGUACCUUCUAUUUCUAGUUCUAACAAGAAUGUAUGUAUCUUUCAUCCCGACCCGAGCGUAGGAUGUUUUGCGGAAACGAGGUUUACCAAGUUUCCGCAAAACACCCUGCGCGAGGGUUGGGAUGAACUUAUCUUGCACUCUUGGCUAUAUUUCUUGAAAGGUGCGUGAAAACAUUUUAUGGUGACAUUUGAAGCGAGAAAUAAUUAAUUAGCAUUCUAAAUAUUGCCACAAGACAAGGUUUUCUUUGAUGCUACAGACGACAGUCUUCAACAAGGGAAUUAAUUACAAUGUGAUGACCAUUUCAAAGGAGUUCCAUACGGGUACUUGUUUUAUCUUUGCCCGUGGGCAAGAUUAUAAGUAUCUUCCAUGGCCGAGAGUGUAAGAUAGGUUCAUUCCGACCCGAGCGUAGGGUGUUUUGCGGAAACAAAUUUUUUGAUCUACUUAUCUGAGGUGGGAGAAAUAUGGCAAUUGGCUUACUAGCCAAUAUUCUUAAUUUGUUUGCGUUGCAUGUUGCAUAGAAAGUAUUGCACUCACACCCCUGAAACUUCAUAGGAAUGUUAGUAAGCAUGGGUAGUUAAUUCUAGUUAUGCAACUCUCAUGUCUUCCACAUACCACUUGUAUAUUUCACAACUGGACAUUUAACCAUUCCUGUGUCCAGGCAGCAUCUGGGUGUAUUAAUAACGACUAGAAAAGCUCUAGUUUUUAGCUCACCUGGGCAGGAAGUGCUCAUGAUAAGGCAUUGUGAUCGGCCAAUGUCCGUGGUCAAUAUUGUAAUAUGGAAAAAAAUGAAAAUCCUUUGGUGUUCAUGAAAAACAUUGUGUUAGUUUUUACUGUAUGGAUAAUUUUGAUAAUCUUCUCGUCAGAAACUGCAAUUAUGUUAAAAAAAUCUCAGAACUGUUCCUUGUGUGACCCUCUACCAAAUUCAUUGAAGUGGGGUUUGUUUGUUAAUUAACAUAGCCGCCAGGGGGUGGGGCUUGUUUUAUGAAGACGUAUGUAAGGACAAUCGGUUUCUCCAAAACAGCAAGUCCCAUAGCUUGGUUAUUUCGCAAGCAGGAUUGCCUAUUUGUUCUGUACCAAAUUUGUUCAAAUCAUUCUCCUGGGGUCAAUGUUGGAUCUGCCCUGGGGCUGCCCUUCAACCUCCAUAGCAACAAACAAACUCCUUUGGCAAUCAUUUUUUCUCAAAUUGACCUAUGAUUUUUAAAAGAGCAGCUUGCUUCCCUAGAAAUCAUUGCUUCCAUUAACAACCAAGUACAUCCUGAGCAACCAUCAACUUCCUUAGCAACCAUACUUAUUUUUAGUAACCAAUGAAAACCUUGCCAAUUGCUUGCUUUCCUAUUAACCUAAACCAUCAAACUCUUACCAACCAUUGACCUCCAUAGCACCACUAUCUUCUUAAGCAACCAUCUUUUGUUUGGCAAUCAAUGACUUCCUUGGAUACAGUUUGCUUCCCUAGUUACUCCAGGUAUAUAGGGCCAUCUUAGCCCUCUUGUUUUCGAUUUUGGUUAACUUGACAUAUCCCAUUGAUUCUCAGGUGAGAGAUAUAGGGCCAUUGUGGCUUCCUUGCUAGUGUAUUAAAAGUACAUUUACAUCAAACUUUACACUUUUGCGUUGUUAUUUGCUUGUGCAAUAUGUUUUGUCAUGUUUCAUCCACUUGAUAUUUAAGAGAAGGCAGUAUAAUUGAAUUUCCUUUAGUUUUUCUGGUAGAAAGUUUGAGAUAAUCAGCAUGGAUCUCUUUAGAGUUCUUUGAAAAUAGGAAGUGUUUAGUUUUGAGUUUAUAGUCUGAUGAUUAUCUUGAAAUGUUUAAAACCUUUCUUUUAAUGUUAAUCAAGAGUUCGCUGUAUGUUUCUGGUCUCAGAUGUCUGUAAUGUAAAUAAAACUUUCUUUUGUCGAUUAAAACUAAAUCAUCAAGUAAACAUAUUCCAAGUGUUUUUCGUUUUUUAAUAUAAGAAAUUGAAAUCGUAUCAUAUUGAUGAAUAUUUAGUUGUAUUUGUAUGGUGUGUUUUUUAAAUGGUGCUUUGCAAGACCUUUUUUUUGACUUGGAAUUUACUUUUUCACAGUGGUGCUUUGCAACACCUUUUUUGACUUGGAAUUUACUUUUUUGUGUGUAUACAGUAUUUCAGUCCUUGCCAAAUUGCCUGUCAUGAGCAUUUGUGUUUUAUGAAGCAAUAAAGAUUA